CAUACGACUGCACCACGCACGUACAGCUGUGUUUCGGUUGAAGAAAGGUUUGUGUGUUUUUUUUUUUUACUUUCCAUAUUUCUAAGUCAACGCUAACCAGCGGUGUAUUUGGGGUAAUUAUUAUUGAAUGUGAGUCUGUUAUGAUUUAUUUGACGGUAAUAUGCUUUAUUUGUGAGAGGUGAGUGCGUCAUCAAAUGAGUAAAAGUAAUGUUAAAGUUGCUCGUGAAUCAUGAGAAUCCUGUAAAUGAAAAAUUAAGUUAGAUAAGGUAGACUUAGCUGAAUACAGAUUACACUUACUCUGUUUGUUAAAAUAGGCUUAUUUGUUAUUUUUAUUUUCUCUCCGUUACUCUAUCUACAUGUCACCAUUUCUGGUCAUUAAGAUUAAAUUUAGCCCUGAACCAAUCUACAGUAAUCAAUAUAACAUAUACGUUAAGAGUAUAGAGUUAAUAUAGAUGCAAUGUCAAAUAAAAUGUAUAAACAUUUUUUUUGUGUGGAAAAUCUGUGUGUAAAUGUGACUCACAACGCUAUUUUGCCCAUUUUCUGAACUAACCCUUGAAUUUUAUUUAGAUUUUGAAACAUUUUUAUAUAUACUGUUAAUUUAAUAUAUGUUUGGGAUGCCCUUUCAUUUAUGAAAUGUAUUAUUAGUAUAUAAUUAUUGUGAUUCACUGUUUUGAAUCACUGACACCAUCUGUUCAAAACUGUGUAAAUACAAAAACAACUGAAAACCUACUGCAAGUAAAGUCAUUAAAGGGAACCUAUUAUGCAAAUUCAGUUUGCAUGGAGUUUGAACAUAAAUGUGUGUUGGCAGUGUGUGUACACAACCACCCUAUAAUGAUAAGAAUCCACCACUCAAUUUUUUAUCUCUGUAAGUAAAGAGCAGUGUCUCCCAGCCACCUGUUUUCAGCAUUGCUGCUAAAGUGAUGUCACAUUAGCCACAGGCCCUGCCCACAAAAUGUUACUGACACUGUUUAUACUUAGAACCACCCUGAGUGAGUUCACAGUGAGCUGAACACAGUCCGCCAUUGCUGCACUGACGAGAAUGCCUCCCAAGCGCUUUCGGUGUUCUGUAGCUGGAUGUAUGAAUCCACAUAGCUCUCUCCAUUUACUCCCGAAAUCGGAGCCGCUGAAGACGAGGUGGAUUAAUUUUGUUUUCAAAGAAAAUGCUCCCUCAACUCUACCAAAAUUCGUUUACGUCUGCGCAAAUCAUUUUACGGAUUGCUUUGUGAACGAGGGUCAGUACAAAGCAGGAUUUGCACAAAAGUUGCUCCUGAAGGAUGGAGCAGUGCCAACUGUUCGUGAUCCAGCUACACCUCCAGAAAAAGUGAUUUUUAGUACCGGACUGCCUUUGUCAAGAACCAAAUUAGCUCCUACACCGGAGCAGGGUCUAACCAGCACAACUAGUACUACCUGUGAUGCCAGCACAUCAGAACAAAGCAGCCAAAAAAGGGAUAUUGCUUGCCAGACAGACGCAAAACCUCUGACCAAAUCUGUUGGUACCCAGUUAUCAAUGGAGACGCUUCAUGCUCCCUACAGUAGUACAGGUGUCCAAAUGACAGAUAAUGUUUUGGACAUUGACAGUUCGUUUUCACCAGAAACUGGUGUAACAUUUAUGUCCUCUACACAUACAAAGAGGCCAUCAGAGAGACCUCGUGUAGAACUGGAGGAAGAGGAUGACGAAGAAACCCUAAUGGACACAUCAUCUACAGUAGCACCUGAAGAGCAAUGUUCUACAUUUGAUCGUGCAGAGAUGGACGCAACUUUAACAGAGACAGCAGAAAUGUUUGCUCAAGCAUCUUGUCCCAUUCAUAAAAUCAGAAAAUACAUCGUGUACGAAAAUUGCAUUAUGGAACUGUUUGAUGUGUGCCCAGUUUGCAACCGGAGCUGUUCUGUGCGUUCUCAAAGGAUUGGAACUUUUGUACGAGUUGAACAACUCUGCCACAACUGUCAAUAUUCACGGAAAUGGAACAGCCAGCCAGUACUAGGCAGCACUCCAGCUGGAAACCUCCAUAUUUCUGCUGCAGUCUAUCUUUGCGGGGCUUCAUUCUACAAAUUGGAAAAAAUAUGCACUACUAUGAAUCUGCAGCUUUUUAAGCAUGACACCUUUCGGCGCCAUUCCCGAUUAUAUGUUGAGCCAGCUAUAGUGUACAAAUGGAUGCACUGGCAGAAUAAGAUGCUACAUCGCCUGAGCAAAAGGGAAAGGGUCAUCGUUGGAGGUGACAUGAUGGCUGACGCACUAGGGAACUCUGCAAAGUUUGGAAGUUAUACCUUGAUGGACCUUCAGACCAACACCGUUGUGGACAUACAACUGGUUCAGAGUAGCGAAGUGGAAGGAAGCUACCAUAUGGAAAAAGAAGGAUUACAGAGGAGCCUUGCUCUGAUGGAAGCUUAUGGUGUUACUCUGGAGUGUAUUGUAACUGACCGCCACCCACAAAUACAAAAAUUCCUCCGAGAACGUAACAUCAACCAGUUCUAUGAUGUGAGGCACAUCGAAAAAGGAAUUGCGAGGCAACUUGAAAACAUUUGCAAGUUGAAAGACUGUGAAAAAUUAAGGGAAUGGCUGAGAAGCAUUAAAAACCACAUUUACUGGACUGCAGCAUCUUCAACCACUGGACCAGAAAGAGUGGCUAAAUGGAGCUCAAUUUUGAACCAUGUCAGGGACAUACACACACAUGAGGAUCCAAACUUUCCUGCUUGUCUACAUCCUCAAAAGAGAAGCAGAGACAGAAACAAGUGGCUUGUUGCCGGAACUCAGGCCUUCUACAAGCUGGAGAAAGUCAUGACAAACAAGCAGGUUUUGAAUGAAGUCACCAAACUGAGUCCACAUCAACAAACUUCAUAUUUUGAGUCAUUUCAUAGUGUUAUUCUACGCUUUGCCCCCAAAAAUGUGGUGUUCCCUUUCCUUGGAAUGUUGUGCAGAUUAUACCUGGCUGCAUUUCAUUACAAUGAAAAUGCUGGUGGUGCACAAGCAACAUCAUCAACAGGACAUCCACUAUUCAAAGUAAACUUUCCAAAGGCCAGGAAAGGACAAUGCACAGUCAAACAAGUGAACACACCACCAACAUUCAGGUACUUGGGUGACCUGCAGGACCUAAUAUUUGAGCAUGUUAUUGUUGACCCUGCUCCAUACAUGAAUGAGGUACUGAAGAUACCCAUACCACCAGACCUUUGCAGAGUAUGAGAGGCCAGACGAGGAGGUCAUCUCCACCAUGGUGUCCAGAUUUAAUCAACAGAGAGUCUGAAGCCAACAUAUCUGGUUUGAUCAUCUGCCUCAGUUAAUCUUCAUCACCACAGAGGCUGGAAUCACAAUUCAUACCCAAACAACCUAAGAAACCCCAGCACCAGCUCACAAAGGAUUGAAAUGCCAGAGACCUGUAUUGCAUAUAAGCACAGUAUAUGAUUAAUCAUGUACUUUCUUAUAUUUCUAUACAGACUGUUAAAUAUUCAGUUGUUCACAAGUGCAAUCUAAGACUCAUUAAGUUUUCU